AUGGCAUCGGGAGUGGGAACAUUGCAGACGUUUCUUUAUGGUUACGAGUUCCUGGAGAUUGUGAAGGAGGUAGCUGAGGACAACACUGACAACCCAAACCUGAGCAUCGUCUGGAUCGAUCCUGAGAAUUUCCCACUGUUGAACCCUUACUGGGAGAAGACGUUUGAUAUCGAUCUCUCUGAGCCCCAGAUUGGGGUGGUUAACGUCACAGAUGCAGACAGCGUCUGGCUCGACAUGGACGAAGACGACUUGCCGAGUGCUGAUGAGUUGGAGGAUUGGAUUGAGGAUGUUCUUUCUGGCAAGAUAAACACUGAAGAUGACGAUGACGAUGAUGGCGUUGAUGAUGAUGACGGUGAUGAUGAUGAUGAUGAUGACAACGAUGAUGACGACAACGAUUAUGAUGAUGAUGAUGAAUAAUUUAACACCCACGUCACCAAAUCUCAACAUGAUGCCAAUGAUCGUCAACCUAUUUAUUGCCAUCAAAAAACUUGGCUCCGAUCUAUAACGUCUCCUUUUUUUUCUAUCUGUAAAUCUACAUAACUUUAACAUUUUGUAUUGAAAAAUCAAUAUACUAUC